AGUAUUUCUAAACAGCUUUCUUCAAUUCACUAAAAGUAACUAAAAACCAAUGAAAAUGCAAGCAGCUCUAGUUAUCCUGGUUUUCUCCGGUUUACUGGCGGUUCAGACAACUUUAGCAGCACAGCAUGUGAUAGGCGGGAGCCAAGGAUGGGAUCAAUCCGUUGACUUUGAUUCUUGGUCGUCAGAUAAAUCUUUCAAAGUCGGCGACCAACUUGUUUUUAAGUAUUCAGGACUACACAGCGUUGUAGAGCUGGGAAGCGAAGCGGCAUACAAGAGUUGUGACCUGGGAACACCUGUAAAUUCCUUAAGCUCUGGAAACGACGUCGUUAAAGUCUCGAAAACCGGUACUCGUUAUUUCGCAUGUGGGACCCCAGGGCAUUGCGAAUCAGGCAUGAAGGUUAAAGUCAACGUUGUCUCUGCUGACUCCACCGCCGCUUCCUCUCCGGAUUCGGAUUCAAGCUCCGAUUCAGAUUCGGGUUCGAGCACCGGCUCCGGUUCGAGUUCAAGCUCCGGUCAGGGGCUACGUGCUUCCAUUGGAUAUGUUUUAGCAGUUGGAUCGUUGGUUGUUGGGCUUGUUUGGGCUUUCUGAGAAACGCUUUUGUAUUGAGGAAGCAUUUUCGGGGGAGAGAAAAUAAAUAAUUUUGUGGAUUCCGUGUUUGUUGUAUUAUCAUCAUGUAUUUCGGGUAUUGCAUUUUGUGAUUUUGUUAUUAUAUCCGUAUUUCUCAGUUACUUUGUUUUCCCACCUUCUUGUCUUCUUGAUUGGUCAGGUGGGAAUAUUCUCUAUUAUGCCUUUUUCAUAUGCCCACUUUUUAAUGUUUAAACUUUUUGUUUAUUUUGUAAUCAUCAG